AUGGCGCUAGCGAAGUCCGUCUACAAUUUGCUCUUCAGGAGAACGUCAACUUUCGCUGUAACCAUCAUGGUUGGAGCGAUCUUCUUCGAGCGAGUCUUCGACCAGGCCGGAGACGCGCUUUUUGAACAAAUGAAUCGAGGGGUAAGAGUUGAUUCAAAGUGUGUUAAAGUGUUUGUUUUAUCCUGACCUUGUAGACAGAGGGCGAAGCGGCGCAAACGCUAGCUAACAAUGCUAACAGCUAUCCUGCCCUGUAAAAUGAUCAAUUCGACAGCCUGUUUUUUUCUUUAUAUGUGUAACAUCGCCAUAUGUUGAUUGUAGUUUUCUUUUUAUUUGUUUGUAGAAACUCUGGAAACAUAUCCAACACAACUACGAGGAGAAAGAUGAGGAAUAG